AAUUUUACUUCCUAAUAUAAUUUAUAUAAAGUUUAAAAAAUGCUUUAAGUAUACAAAUAGUUAACAUGAUGCAUGGACAUAUUAUUUUCGUGUCUCUGUGUUUACUCUGCCAUGUUUUCCACUCUACACUGUCACAAGAUAUUGAUGAAUGUACACAAGGUACACAUAGCUGUAAUGCUAAUGCUGAUUGUACGAACACUAUAGGGAGUUACACAUGUAAAUGUAAAACUGGUUAUACUGGAGAUGGACGUACAUGUUCUGAUGUUAAUGAAUGCUCAACUAAUGGUGAUAACUGUCACAACAAUGCAGACUGUUCAAACACUCAAGGGAGUUUUAUUUGUACAUGUAAACCUGGCUAUACUGGGAAUGGAGUGACAUGUUCUGAUAUAGAUGAAUGUGCACCAGGGCCAUGUAAGAAUGGGGGUACAUGUUCAAAUCUGGUUAAUGCAUAUAGUUGUUCAUGUACAAAUGGAUACUCUGGUACAAAUUGUCAAGUGGCUUCUCUUGGAGCAUCAUGUUCACACUCUGGAACAACUUGUGCUGAUAGAAAUGCUAGAUGCCAAAGUAAUGGAAAAAGUGGAAACACUUGUCAGUGUACAAGUUCAUACUAUGACAGUGAUGGUUUAAAUAACAUUGGUGGAAUAUGUACACCAAAGGUUGGCCUUGGCUAUAAUUGUCCUAUUGCAAAUGCAUGUUCAUCAACUCGGGCUGAAUGUGUUGGAAGCAAGUGUAGAUGUACUGACACAUAUUACGAUACAAACACUGACAGUACCAUUGGAGGUACUUGUGAGACAAGGAGAAAUCUUGGAGCUUUUUGUUCCAGUAGCCAUCCGAAUAGUAAACAGUGUGUGGACCAAAAUGCAAGUUGUCGACAGUCAUCCUAUAUCUGCUCCUGUGAUGAUCGUUAUCAUCAAGAUGGAAGUAGAUGUCAACCAAAUAUUGCUCUUGGUGGCAAUUGUCAGGGAGGUGUACAGAAUGAAUGUUCUGAUCCAAAUGCUGAAUGUAUUAACAGUAAAUGUACAUGUAAAGUCGGCUAUUACCGCUUCUUUGAAGGGAACUCACAAAGUAAUUGCAGAACAGUUCAAGAACUUCAGGUAACAGGAAUUACCUUUCCAAAUACAAAAACCACAGAAUUUACUGUAUCUUGGACUGCACCUACUAGAUCUAGUUAUGUAAGUGGAUAUGAUGUAGAAUGGGAAAGUGGUGGUAAGGUGGUAGGUGCAACAUCUCCUCAGAUGGUGACAGGUUUGACACCUGGAAAAACGUACGUAGUUAAAGUGAUAUCAAAAGAUACAGCCACAGAACCUGGUGUUACAAGGACAACUUAUACAUCAAAACAACAAUCUGCAAAACCGAGCAUUCCAGGUCCUGUAACAAGUACAGAAAAUGAUUUAGAUGCUAGUGAUGGAAACAUUGAUAUUAAAUGGACAGCAGGAACUGGUGUAAUAACGUUAUAUAGAGUCAAGUUAUUUGAUGGUGAUACACAGAAAGGCUCCCGAGACGCCUCAUAUGUAUCAACAACAUUUAACAAUGUACUGAAUGGUUAUAGAUAUAAUGUAAGUGUAACAGCAAGAAGUCAAUUGUUUAAUGGAGACUAUUUAUGGAGUGAGACAAAGACUUCUACAAUUAAAACAAAAGUUCAAGUUCCACAGGCACCACGUAAUGGUGUUUGUAAAUCUCCUACAGACGCUUCUAUCACACUUGAUUGGGAUGCACCUUCUCUGCCUAAUGGUGAUGUAAGAAGAUAUCAUAUUGAUGUAAUUAAUACUACUAGUAACAAAGUGCUGUUCCGUGAUAAAACUACUGGAACUGAAACACAAAAAGUGGUUGGAAAUCUACAACCAGGAAUAAACUACAUAUUUCGGUUAUAUACAGAAAAUGAAGGAUAUAAUUCAACAAAUUAUGACCAGGUGUCAUCAGCUUGCAAAACUAGAGCUAAGAUGUCUGAAUCACCAACAAAGCUUGAAGUAACAGGAGUAACGAGUCGUGGUUUUAGUAUAUCUUGGGAGAAACCUGGAAAGACAUUCAGUGAGGAAAACUAUGGUUAUGUUCUACAGAUUAAAGAUGACACCGGCUCAUGCUGGAAAGAAGUUAUUUAUAGAUGCUCAGAUUGUGCUGGUAAUUUUCAAGUAAGUUUUUGAUUAAAGUCAUUUUUAUAUGAUUUGUUUAACAUUGUCGUAAUUAUUAUUGUAAUACAGAACACAACUAUGAAACUUAAUAGAGUUCAGAAUGAUUUUAGCUAUCCCGUUUGUUUUUGUUUUUUUUUCUUUUUUCAUAAGUCAGAAUCACUCCAACUGAAGUUUCUAUAUUAAACUUCAACGACGUAGUUAUAAGUCCCUGAUCGAGAUCCUUAACGCUGUCUUAUUUUA